ACUUUAUUGGUCCAGCGUCACGGCGGCAGGUUUCUGCACAGUGUGGAGUUACUCUUGGUCACCACAGCUGCAUGUCUUCUUGAAGUGGUUUCAAAACAAAGACCCCGCAGCACAAGGAGUCUGCAUGUCUGAAUAGACAUGCUCAGCUUUGUGGAUACACGGAUUGUGUUGCUGCUUGCAGUAACUUCAUACCUAGCAACAUGCCAAUUCCAAAUGCAAGGAAUCAAGGGUCCCAGGGGGGACAAAGGCCCCAGAGGUGACCAGGGUCCCAAAGGUCCUAAUGGAAAAGAUGGCUUACCCGGACUUCCUGGCCCCCCUGGUCCUCCUGGUCCCCCUGGCCUUGGUGGAAACUUUGCUGCUCAGUACGAUUCAUCUAAAGCUGCCGACCCAGGUCCUGGACCAGUGGGUUUGAUGGGACCAAGAGGACCCCCAGGAACUUCUGGUGCACCUGGAUCCCAGGGAUUCCAAGGACAUGCUGGUGAACCUGGUGAACCAGGACAGACUGGACCUGUUGGCCCCCGUGGACCCCCAGGACCUCCUGGCAAGUCUGGUGAGGAUGGUAACAAUGGAAGACCCGGCAAGCCUGGAGAUAGAGGAUCUCCUGGAGCUCAGGGUGCUCGUGGUUUCCCUGGCACUCCUGGACUUCCUGGAAUGAAAGGACACAGAGGCUACACUGGUCUUGAUGGACGCAAGGGAGAACCUGGUGCUUCUGGCGCCAAGGGUGAAACUGGUGCUCAUGGUGCAAAUGGUACUCCAGGUCAGAUGGGUGCUCGUGGUCUUCCUGGUGAGAGGGGCCGCGUUGGCCCUGCUGGUCCUGCUGGUGCUCGUGGUAGCGAUGGCAACACUGGCCCUGCUGGCCCUGCUGGUCCUCUGGGAGCAGCUGGUCCUCCAGGUUUCCCAGGUGCCCCUGGCCCCAAGGGUGAGAUUGGACCUGUUGGACCCACUGGUCCUUCUGGACCUCAGGGUGCCAGAGGUGAGCCUGGUCCUAACGGCGCUGUUGGCCCUGUUGGUCCCACUGGUAACCCUGGUAACAACGGCCUGAAUGGUGCCAAGGGUGCUGCUGGUACUCCUGGCGUUGCUGGUGCUCCUGGUUUCCCUGGCCCAAGAGGAGGACCUGGCCCCCAGGGCCCUUCUGGUGCCGUUGGUCCCAGAGGCCUCAGUGGAGACCCUGGCCCUGCUGGUGUGAAAGGAGAGACUGGUGUUAAGGGUGAACCCGGAAUGGCUGGUCCCCAAGGUCCUGCAGGUCCUGCUGGUGAGGAGGGCAAGAGAGGCCCAACUGGUGAGCCUGGCCCAACUGGAGCCAUUGGCAAUCGUGGUGAAAGGGGUGUUUCUGGAGCUCGUGGUCUGCCUGGUGUUGAGGGAAGAGCUGGUCCCAUGGGAAUGCCCGGAAGCCGCGGUGCCGCUGGUGCUCCCGGUGCUCGUGGACCCCCUGGUGAUGCUGGCCGUGCUGGUGAGCCCGGUCUUGUUGGUCCAAGAGGUCUCCCUGGUAGCCCUGGUUCUGCUGGUCCCCCUGGAAAGGAGGGUCCUACUGGUGCUUCUGGUCUUGAUGGACGUACUGGCCCCCCUGGUCCAACUGGCCCCAGAGGGCAGCCCGGUAACAUUGGAUUCCCUGGUCCCAAGGGUCCUGGUGGUGAGCCUGGCAAACCUGGUGAGAAGGGACCUGCUGGCCCAUCUGGUUUGAGAGGACCCCCUGGUCCUGAUGGCAACAAUGGCGCUGCUGGCCCAGCUGGACCUGCUGGCAACACUGGUGAGAAGGGAGAGCAGGGUCCUGCUGGUAUUCCUGGCUUCCAGGGUCUUCCUGGCCCCGCUGGACCUGUUGGUGAGCCCGGCAAACCUGGUGACAGGGGUAUCCCCGGUGACCAAGGACUUCCAGGACCUUCUGGUUCUAAAGGAGAGCGUGGUACCCCUGGCCCUGCUGGUGCUGCUGGCGCUCAAGGCCCCAUGGGUGCUCGUGGACCUUCUGGACCUCCUGGACCUGAUGGAAACAAGGGUGAACCAGGAUCUGUUGGAUCCGCCGGUGCUGCUGGCCUUCAGGGAGCCUCUGGCAUGCCCGGUGAGCGUGGUGCUGCUGGUACUCCUGGACCCAAGGGCGAGAAGGGUGAGGCUGGACACAGAGGCCCUGACGGUAACAUUGGCAGAGAUGGUGCUCGUGGUGCUCCUGGACCCAGUGGACCCCCUGGACCUGCUGGUGCUAAUGGUGACAAGGGUGAGACUGGUUCUUUUGGUCCUGCUGGCCCUAUUGGUGUUCGUGGUCCUCCUGGAGAGCGUGGUGAGGCUGGCCCUGCUGGACCUCCUGGCUUUGCUGGACCACCUGGUGCUGAUGGUCAGCCUGGACAAAGAGGAGAGAAAGGUCCUUCUGGUGCAAAGGGAGAAGUUGGGUCUGCUGGACCUGCUGGUCCUGGUGGUAGUUCUGGACCUGCUGGCCCCGCUGGGCCUGGUGGACCACCUGGUGCCCGUGGUGACAGCGGACCUGCUGGUUUGACUGGUCUCCCUGGUGCAGCUGGUCGUAUGGGACCUUCUGGCCCUUCUGGUAUUGUUGGCCCACCUGGCCCCGUUGGCCCUGCUGGCAAGGAUGGUCCUCGUGGUCCCAGAGGUGAUUCUGGUCCUGCUGGGCCUCCUGGAGAGCCAGGCAUUGCUGGUGCACAUGGACCUGCUGGCGAUAAGGGCUCCGCUGGAGAGACUGGUGCUGCUGGUCCUCCUGGAGUUCCUGGACCUCAGGGUCAGCUUGGACCUCAAGGUUUUGUUGGUCUGCCUGGUUCCAGAGGUGAUCGUGGUCUUCCCGGUGGUGCUGGCCCUGUUGGUGAGCCUGGCAAGUUUGGACCUGCCGGACCUCCCGGCCCCCGUGGUCCUGCAGGAAAUAUUGGCAUGCCUGGUAUGACUGGUCCUCAGGGAGAAGCUGGACGUGAGGGUAAUCCCGGCAACGAUGGUCCUCCUGGCCGCCCUGGUGCUGCUGGCUUCAAGGGUGACCGUGGGGAGCCUGGAGCUCCUGGUCCUCUUGGAGUUGCUGGUGCUCCUGGACCCAGCGGUCCUGCUGGUGCUGCCGGUCGUCCUGGAAACCGUGGUGAAUCUGGUCCUUCUGGCCCCUCGGGUUCUUCUGGUCCUGCUGGUCCAAGAGGUGCUCCUGGCCCUGCUGGUGCUCGUGGUGAGAAGGGUGUUGCUGGAGACAAGGGUGAUAGAGGCAUGAAGGGUCUUCGUGGACACGGCGGCCUGCAGGGAAUGCCUGGACCCUCUGGUCCUUCUGGUGAUCAGGGUCCUCCUGGUUCUUCUGGCCCUGCUGGCCCAAGAGGUCCAGCUGGUCCUCAUGGUCCUGCUGGAAAGGAUGGUAGAUCUGGACAACAUGGUGCUAUGGGACCUGCUGGUCAUCGCGGUCCACCCGGUUUCUCUGGCCCUGCUGGUCCUCCUGGAUCCCCUGGUCUCCCUGGACCCCCUGGCGCUGCUGGUGGCGGCUACGAUAUCUCUGGUGGCUAUGAUGACUACAGAGCCGACCAGGCUGCUCUCAGGGCCAAGGACUAUGAAGUUGAUGCCACCCUGAAGUCCCUGAACACUCAGAUUGAGAACCUGCUCACCCCCGAGGGCUCCAAGAAGAACCCUGCUCGCACCUGCCGUGACAUCAGGCUGAGCCACCCAGACUGGAGCAGCGGGUACUACUGGAUUGACCCCAACCAGGGUUGCAUCAUGGAUGCCAUCAAGGCUUACUGCGACUUCACUACGGGACACACUUGUAUCUACCCUAACCCUAGCAGCAUUCCCCGUAAGAACUGGUACAGAAGCUCUGAGGAGAAGAAGCAUGUCUGGUUUGGCGAGACCAUCAAUGGUGGUACUGAGUUCGGCUACAACGAUGACACCAUCAGCCCUCAGACCAUGGCCACACAGCUGGCUUUCAUGCGCCUCCUGGCUAACCAAGCUACCCAGAACAUCACCUACCACUGCAAGAACAGCAUCGCCUACAUGGAUGGCGAGAAUGGCAACCUGAAGAAGGCCGUGCUGCUGCAGGGCUCCAAUGAUGUGGAACUGAGGGCGGAGGGCAACAGCCGCUUUACCUUCAGCGUUCUGGAGGAUGGCUGCACUAGACACACUGGCCAGUGGGGAAAGACAGUCAUUGAAUACAGAACAACAAAACCAUCUCGCCUGCCCAUCCUCGACAUUGCACCUUUGGACAUUGGUGGCGCUGAUCAAGAAUUUGGUUUGGACAUUGGCCCAGUCUGUUUCAAAUAAAUAGACUCAUGAUAAAUUAAAAAGAGAAAGAAAAAAAAAAAAGAAAAUCUCUGCCCUUUCUGUUUUUUUUUUUUUAUACUGAAUGCUGAUUUCCUCUGCUCAUCCACUUGCUUAAGCUGGGCCCUAUCGGAGGAGACGAUGGACUGAAUGGAGCAUUGUGCAAUGCAAAUUAAUACAGCAGCCCAAGACACAUGGGAAACACCUUGUUGUGGGACAUGUCAUCUGUAAAAAAACAUGUAAUAAAAACCCUGAAAGUA